AUGUCAUCUUUAGAUCAGCAGUCUCUUUUUCAACGGUUCUUAGGUGUUUUUUUUGGAACGUUUUGUGGAAAAUCAGUAGAAGAUCUUCAUAAGAAUACUUUUGAGAAGUAUGCAACAGUGGAACAGCAUGGACAAUUGUAUAUGAAUCUGGAUAAUUUUAUUAAUGCAAUUGUUCCUGAAGAAUACUCUCAUAAAAUUAAACGAGAAGAAUAUUCUUUGAUUUUUAAAGUUGCUGAUGUUAAUAAAAGAGGUCUUUUAAGUCUUCAGGAUUGGAUUUGUUUUGAAAAUUUGCUUGAGAAGCAUGAUGCAGAAAAUGAAAUAGUAUUUAAGUUUUUUGAUCUAAAUGGAACUGGAAAUGUUUCGUGUGAUGAUUUUCGUAAGAUGGUGUUUGAAAAUAAAGCCUCUGAUGUUAUUCCUUUUAGUUGGGAAUCUUCAUCUUUAAGAUCUUAUAUGGGAGAUAUGAAAAAAUGUAAUGUAAUGACUUAUCCUCAAUUCAUUCAAAUGUUGAAAGAUCUCCAAGAAGAGCGCAUAAAUCAGGCUUUCAUGUAUUAUGAUAAGAAAAAUACUGGUUAUAUUGAGCCGGGUGAGUUUUUUGAGAUUAUUAAUAAAACUUAUUCGCAUAAACUAUCGGAUUAUCUUCUUAAGAAUUUGCACACACUUUGCAAUAUAGACGAUACAUCAAAAAUUAGUUAUGCUAAUAUGAGAGCUUUUCAAAAUUUAGUUCAAGAGAUGAAUAUGAUUAAAAGUAUUGUUAGAACAUUAACCUUGAAAUCAGCUGAUGGCAAGAUUACGAAAAAUGAUUUUGUGAAAGAAGUUGAAAAAAUGGAUUGUUCUUCUUUUUUUACUCCUAUGGAAAUUGAUAUUUUGUUUCAUUUUGCUGGUCUAGAUAAUGAUACUGGUCGUUUAAGUUAUCAAGAUUUUAUGAAGGUUUUAGAUUCUUCGUGGAAGAGUUUUAUGGAUCAAAAUAUUAUUGUUUCUAAUAAUGAAUCAAAAAUGAUAGAUAAAUAUACUAAAACGAAAAAGUUCUUUUCAAGUUUAUUAGAAAGUAUUUAUCAUUUUUCUUUAGGAGCUAUUGCAGGAGCAUCUGGAGCUAUUGUUGUUUAUCCUAUAGAUUUAGUGAAGACAAGGGUGCAAAAUGUAAGAACUAGAAUGGCUAGACAAAUGCUAUAUAAAAAUAGUUUUGAUUGUGUAAAAAAAGUUUUAAAAAAUGAAGGUGUUUUGGGUUUUUAUAGUGGUUUAGGCCUUCAGUUAAUUGGUGUGGUUCCAGAAAAGGCAAUAAAACUUACAGUGAACGAUUUAGUUAGGAAUUUAACUAAAAACGAUGAUGGUAGUAUAAAAUUUCAUUGUGAGUUAUUAGCUGGUGCAUCUGCUGGAGGAUGUCAAGUGAUAUUUACAAAUCCUUUAGAAAUUGUAAAAAUAAGACUUCAAAUACAAGGAGAAUUUGUCAAUGCUGCUGAGAAUAUUCCUCGUAGGAAUGCUUUAUGGAUCAUAAGAGACUUAGGCUUUAUGGGGCUUUACAGAGGUGCAUCUGCUUGUUUAUUACGCGAUAUACCUUUUAGUGCUAUAUAUUUUCCUGUAUAUUCUCAUUUGAAGAAAGAUUGUUUUAAAGAAAGUUCGGAAAAAAAGUUAGGGAUUAAAGAGCAUCUUAUUUCGGGUGCAGUUGCUGGUAUGCCUGCUGCUUAUUUUACCACGCCUGCAGAUGUUAUAAAAACUAGAUUACAAGUAGAUGCUAGAAAAGGUGAAACAAACUAUAAAGGUAUUCGGCAUGCCUUUUCUACAAUUAUCAAAGAAGAGGGUUUUACUGCUCUUUUCAAAGGUGGUUCUGCUCGAGUAUUUCGCUCAUCUCCUCAAUUUGCAUGUACAUUAGCUGUAUAUGAAGCAUUGCAAACAUUAUUUUUGAAACAUAAACAUCCAUCUCAUUUAGUUGAUAGUUUAAACGAAGAAAAGGUAUCUUUACCAUAUUUGCGGUCUCAUAAUGCUCUAAAAGUUAUAUUGGAUUUGGAUAUAAAUUUUAAAAAUUAUUUCAAGCCUUAA